AUGACAGAAGAGAUCGAGCAAAUUUACGAGGCCCGAAGAGACGCAGCUACCAAUCCACUGGAUCACGUGUUCGAAUUAUGCAGCUACUCGUGGUCUCUGCUUCCCGGCCAGACAUAUAAAUGCAAAAUAUAUUAUCGGCCGUUUGUGCCGUUUGCGGUAAACGUAGAUUAUUUUACGCUCAUGGACUCGGCUGGCGAACACGUGGAGAUCCAAGUCCGUGGAACGUGCAUCGGACCUGUGGUUUCUUCGUCCAUCACGCGAUUGGCCAUGGUGUGCUCGGGCGAGACUCGCGAGGCGAAGAAACGGAUCAGGCUCGUCAAUGAUUCGAAAGCCACAGCGAUAUUCGCAUUCGACGUCGACCUGCUCCAGAGGCCAUUCGAAGCGAAUCCCCGGCACGGACACAUCGGGCCCCGUUCCUACAAAUGCAUAACGAUUAGCUUCGCGCCGCGGGAAGACGGGAUCUACGCAUGCCACUUUCCGUGCUUAAUCCUGAAUCACAAACCGAUUAUCAUAGAGUUAUACGGCUACUGCAGCACGGCGUUACGUAAAACGAAUAUGCGGAAACGCUUUAAUUAUCCUGCGAGAUUAAAAAGCGGAUUUGAAGGAUACACGAGCGAUACUAUCGUGCAAACUCUACCUACGAUCUCAUCAUCGAAGAACUGCAUUGACUUCGGUCAGGCUGACGCACAGACGGAAAACACUACGCGAAGAAUUCCGGAGACUCUGUGUCUCACUAAUCAUAGCCAGUCUGACGUAUUAAUUAAAUGGGACCAAGACACUGAAGGAAUUUUCAACGUAACACCCGCCACCGCGAAAAUACCGACGAGCCAGACGGCUCUAUUUGAAGUCACGUUUAGUCCCGAUCGAGGAAGCAAUUUGUUCGCCAGAGAUCUCAUUGGAGAUGUUUUUACUGAGCGGCAAAAAGACUCUAACAAAGAGAUUCUGACGUUCCCUGCGAUUACGUCUGUACGGCUAAUCGGUCAUUCGUUUCCCGUUUGCUCAGAUGGUUGGAUUCCCCAGUAUGAGAUACCUCACGUAGUCAAGAUGCCUCCUUGUGUACCAUCCUUGCCAAUAUACACCACGUUUCUGAUAAGAAAAUACGGACAUCUACCAUUGAUGUAUCGCUUUGUACCGCCGCCGUCGAGCCACUUUAUCGUGAAGCCAAUAAUGGGCAUAAUUUAUCUAGAUUAUCAAAUCAUUGUAGUCGGGAUGUUACCCGAAACUGACGAUGAACGCGUUUAUAUGGAACGUUGGGCGAUACGUUUCAAUGGAAAUACGAAAUCGGAAUGCUUCAUAGAUUUUCAAGGAUUUACAGAACAUGCAAAUGUUACUUUUAGCGACCAAAAUAUUGUGAAUUUUGCGUCGACGUUUCCAGGUUGCCAGAGCUCACAGCAGUUCUGUAUGCGAAAUGUUACUCGACAUACGAUGAAGUAUGAAUUUAUUAACGAGGUGCCUGAACUUCAGAUACAAAAUAAGAAUGGCAUAAUUUACUCCAACGAUAUCGUUGUUCACGAAUGGUUAUUUUGUCCUACGAUACUUGGAGAUUACGAGUUUGACAUAAGCUGUGUUUUAAUUGUACUGAAAAACAACAAUCCCGUUGGCUCUAACAUUUAUGUAACAUUACAUGUAACAGGAAGAUGCGAAUCCGGUUUUCUUGUGUCAGCCCCGGAUAAAUUAGAUUUUGGAAUUCAGGCGUACAAAGAUACAAAAGAAUUGAGUUUUCACGUAUUUAACUUGAGUCCUGUGAAUAUCUAUUACAAAAUGAUAUGUAGCCAUUGUGACUUGCCAAUCGGAGACAUAGAGCAUGAUGUAAAAAUAUAUCCGGUCAUGGAUACUGUUCUUGCCGGACAAGAUAAGAUCAUUACUAUUGUUAUCACACCCACUACGCCAGGAUAUUACGAACUUUUUGUUCAAUAUUUUGUGAGAAUGAGUUCUUGUACAGACAUAUUGAUUCCGAAUCAGACACCAAGAAAUAUCUGCAAAUUGCAAUAUUUAUGUAUUUUGCCUACCUUAAAGAUAAUAAAUCUACAACAUUAUGGGCCUUAUCCAGACAUGAGCAAAAUUUUUCUUUGGAAAUUGAUGAAAAUAAAUAAACUCAAUAUGUUACUCAAAAAUUUACAACCAGAAACGUCGGAAACGUUAUAUAUUAAUAACUUUCCAGCAAUGAUUUUACAAAAAAGCCCGAUUAUUGUAAAAUUGCUUUUAAUAAAUACAACUGCAGUGACCAUUUCUUGGAAUAUCAAAAAAGUGCAGCUCUGUUCUUGCCAACCUGUUACAAAAACCCAAGGCCUUAAAUUUCAACGUGCAAAAUAUGAUUGUUUGCACAGAAAAGUAUGCUCUGUACAGCCGAAAACGAAAAGUCUUCAACCAAAAGAACAGAUCUGGAUAACGCUGGAGCUGCAUUACAUAUUGUUAGGAAAAACUGAGACAAUGUGGGACUUGGAUCUUGGAGAUAAUCGUCACAUCUUUCUUGUUAUAACAAUCGAAUGUUUGUCUGAUUCUGAUAAUAAGCUACGUCUUUUAAACGGCACGCAUUUUAAAUUUCAACAUGUUUACAUUGGAGAGAAAAAUCCCAUCUUUCAGGUUGUUCCUGUUCUUGUUCUUAUCUUUAAACAUACAACAUCCAGUAACGUUAUUAUUUUUUAGGAGAAAUUACGUUUGACUCUGGGUGAUGAUGAGGAAGAACUAACACUCGAGGGCGAAUCUUCCUUGACAUAUAAACCGAUAAUUGAAGAAUAUGUGCCAUGUAAAUGUAAUUUCGAAGACGAUGACGAAGAUAUUCCUGUAUACUUUAACACUGAUUGCAUAAAUAUUUCGCACAUAUCUACAUAUAGCUAUGUGGUUAAAAUGAUAAUGAUGUACAAUAACUUGGUGCAAGAUGUACUCGCCUAUAAGUGGAAAAAAUGUAAGGUAUCUAAAAUAAUUCAUGUGGAAAUUUAUCCGCGAAAAGGCUUGAUAAAUCCUAUGUCCAUUAAAAGCUUUCGUGUAACUGUAUAUACCAAAAAUUAUCCUUGUAUGAUUGACGUAAAUGUAUCGUGCGAGUUUAUUAAUGCCAAUCAAAGGCAGACUUAUCAGCGAAAUGUGUAUAUUAACGAAGGUUUAUCUCAAGAACUUGAAGGACAGUUUACUAUCACAGAAAAAGGCAUCAGUGUUCCAAAAUUACCAAUGAAAAGCUUGGAAAAACCACAACCUUUUUACAAAACUAUAACAAUUCGAUGUUCCGUAUAUAAUAUAGAAGACAAAUUUCUGAAAGUUAGUUUAAUGAAAGAAUUAACGAGUGCACCGCCAAAAGGAAUAUCUAUUGAGGAAAAUGAGAGAAUAAUGACAUUUACAAGAGAAGACAUCAGACGAUCUUCAUUUAUCAUAGAAGGUCUAUUAUGGGAAAUAGUUAACAGUAAAUUAUUGAAAGACAUAAUGCAGGACAUUUUGCAAAAAGAGUCGGGUUUAUUUUAUUCGCAAUUCAGAAUGAAUUUGUGCGAAAGAAAAAGAUUGAUGCAAAGAUCGUACAUUUCACCGCCGCGAGCGUUAAUCAAUCAUAUAUUUGAAGAAUUGUUAUUCAUCAUAAUGCAUGAAGAAUUCGCUUUGCAGACUGCACAUUUAAUUCAGCGUGUAGAUAUCAGAUAUACAGAUUAUUUGUACAUGAUACCUAGUACGAGCAGAAAAAAGACAAUAAAAGGAGGUAUUAUUAUAUUAUAUUAUUAUAUUAUAUAUUGUAAAUAUAUUUUAUUUCUAAAAAAAUAUACGUUGAUAAUUUUGAUUUUUGCAAUUUCCAUUUUAGAAAUGGGACUACUACGUCCUACUUCAAGACUACUUCAAGACAAAUAUCCCUAUUUAGAAUCAGCGCCUUCAAAAGAAAUAUCAAGAAUAUCAAGAAUAUCUUUUGCGAUGUAAUGAUAACUGAAUAAUAAUAUGUAUACAAUUACACACAAUUGCGACUGCUAGCUGUUCGUUAUAUAAGGAUCCUUGAUUCU